CAUGCGCGACCACAACUUCCGUGCAAUACAAAGAUGGCAAACGAAGUAACGAAUGCGCCGAAUAAAACUUGGGAAUUGAGCUUAUAUGAGCUCCACCGCACUCCACAGGAGGCGAUCACAGAUAAUACAGAGAUAGCAGUAUCUCCAAGGAGUCUACACAGUGAACUUAUGUGUCCGAUAUGCUUAGAUAUGUUAAAAAAUACGAUGACAACAAAAGAGUGUUUACAUCGUUUUUGUCAAGAAUGUAUUAUAACUGCACUUAGAAGUGGGAACAAAGAAUGUCCAACCUGCCGGAAAAAGCUUGUUUCUAAGAGAUCAUUACGACCAGACCCCAAUUUUGAUGCCCUGAUUUCUAAGAUAUACCCAAGUAGAGAUGAAUAUGAGGCCCAUCAGGAGCGUGUCCUGGCCAAACUCAACAAACAACACAGUAGUGCAGCUCUUACUCACAGCAUUGAAGAAGGUUUGAGAAUGCAGGCUAUGAACAGAGCUCAGCGAGUGAGGGUACGGAAACAUGACACAGAGACAGAUUUGUCUAAGCUUGAAACAGCUAGUACUACUUCAAAUGAUACAACACCAUUAAAGCGCACAAAAACAACAGAAGACUCAGAUGGCGAGCAGCCAAUGACAGAACUACCAGCCAGUGACAUAGAGCUUGUGUUCAGAUCUUUACCAACAGCUGAUCAAAACAUAGAUACAUUGCAAACAAGAUUUAUAAAGACAACAGCAAAUGCUACAGUUGAUCAUCUUUCAAAAUACUUGGCCAUUAGACUCUCAUUAGAUGCAGCAAAAGGAGAGCAAAGUAGAAGUAAAGGAGAAACAAAUUAUGUAAUCUACAUUGCCAGUACACCUGGUAACUAUACCUCAUUAAAUGGAUCCAUGACCUUACACCAAGUGAACGAACGUUACUGGAGAAUAAAUAAACCAAUGGAGAUGUUCUUUGCCAAUCAUCCAGUAGAAUCCAUGCCAAAGAAAUCAGACAAUAAAUGCUUGUAAUCAACAAUCUCAUUAGUGCUUCAUAUUGUAUUCAGACAUUUUAUUCAUUUGGAUAUAUGAAAUUGAUUGAAUGAUAUACUUCUAAUACUGUAAACUAACUUAUUUUGGCGGAUACAUUAUUUCGGGUUUGAUCCUUUCUAGUCCAUCUUGCUUUCUAUUUGAUUUUGCAGAUGUAGUUUGAUAAGGAAAGAUCCAAGUUUUACAUAUUUGUGUAAUUUUUCUACUCACGAAAGUCAAGAAAAUAAAUUGCUCGUGAAAAUAAGUUGGUUUACAGUAUAUAUAUGUAUAAAUAUAUAUUACAUGUUACAUCCCCUCUCAAAUUUCUAUGCAACUAAUUGACAUAAAGAAAACAUGCACGAUUUGUUAUCCAAACAUUUAUGAAUGUUAAAGCUAAAAAUCAUAUGCUAUAUACGAUUUAUAAGGUUUACUUUCAGUUUGCAAAGUUAGCAUUUGUACAGAAAUUUCAUCUGAUCUUGCAAGUUUAUUUGCCAAAAAUUAGUGCAUAUUCUUUCAAGCUUAUCUCCUUGACAAUAAGGCUAGUUGGAAUUAAGGUUCUGUUUCUCAGAUAAAAUUAUGUGAGUAAAAAGUAACCACUUAGUUAAUUUUUUUUUACCGAAAUUUGAAGAAGCUUUAUUUAUGUGACUAAUUUGAGGUAUUAGAAGAUAUAGUACUUUUGAGAUAGAGGUCCCAGAUAGAGGUCUGUUUUUAGCCUGAUCAGUUUCAGGUUACCUAAGAUAUUUUUACAUAAAUUGUUGAAAUAUGAAAUGAAAAGUGCUGUUAAGAUUUUUUUGUCUAGAAUAAAGAUAUGUUUAUUAUGAUCAAAACUAUCCCUUAUUAACCUUAUCUGUUAUCCUUAAUUUUGCACAUGUAGAAGUUUGUAACAUGCUGCUGUUAUUAUAAAUACACAUUUUACUUUAAAAUGAUGUAUUUGUUGUAUUGGAACCUGUAACUUUUUUUUGUAACAGUGGCAGCAUCUUUUAUAUUGACUGACUCAUUACAUACAAAAAUUAAAAGAAAUGUUAUUCAUCUCAUAGGUAUACAUAUUUUAACAGCUUAUGAACUAAAAUCAAACUUACAAAUCAGUUUGAAUUUGGCAAUCUGGUUAUAUAAUCUCAAUUAAAGGUUUCAAAAAUAAACAAGGAUAUUUACAUGGAUUCAAAACUUUUAAAAUACAGUCAUUGCCGUUUCAUUGAUGCCAAAAUGCAUUUUCAUUAUGCUAUUUGAAAUGUAGAGUGAAUGAGAGAUAUUAUUUGUGUAUGUAUGGAAUAGAUGGUGCUUUUUUACUAUUUUUGUUUGUUGUAAACAAUAAAUGACAUACUAAACUG